AUCCAUUGUCACGUGGCCAUAACAAGAGAAGUCAUGUGAUAACAAACUUCCAUGGGCAUGAUCGAACAUCUUUUGCUGCUGAGCUAACUGCGCUUGCAUUGAUCAGUGCAUUUGUCUAUCAUUACCAGAUCUCUUGAUGAUAAUGCCGUCAAUAGUUAAUACCAGUUUGCUGUGCCUGAUAUACAUAUCCAUCCUUCCUUUGAGUCUGUGUGCAACAAAAUACCAACCAAACUGGGAUUCUAUCGACUCCAGGCCACUACCAGCAUGGUACGAUGAAGCAAAGUUUGGGAUCUUCAUGCACUGGGGAGUCUACUCCGUUCCCAGCUUCUACAGUGAAUGGUUUUGGUACCGGUGGAAGGGGGCCGAACCUUACCCCCAAGUAGUGGAAUUCAUGAAGGAGAACUACCCACCCGGCUUCACCUAUGCAGACUUUGCCCGAAGCUUCACAGCCGAGUUCUUUGAUCCUGCUGAGUGGGCAGACAUCAUCAAGGCUUCAGGGGCUAAGUACUAUGUUCUGACAAGCAAGCACCAUGAGGGAUACACUAACUGGCCUUCAAAUUCUUCUUGGAACUGGAACUCAGUUGAUGUAGGACCACAAAGGGAUCUCGUUGGGGAUCUUGCAGCCGGUGUGCGCAACAACACAGACAUCCACUUUGGCCUGUAUUACUCCCUCUUUGAGUGGUUCAACCCCCUGUUUCUCAAAGAUAAAGCCAGUGGCUUCACCACUACAGACUACAGAGAUAGAGUGGCAACCCCGGACCUCUAUGAUCUGGUGAAUCGCUACAAGCCAGAGGUUAUAUGGACAGAUGGAUCUGGAACAGCAAAAAGUGAUUACUGGAAGAGCACGGAAUUCCUUGCUUGGCUUUACAAUGACAGUCCAGUGAAGAACACAGUGGUGACCAAUGAUCGUUGGGGUGAUGACUGUCCAUGCCAUCACGGAGGCUACUACACCUGUUACGAUCGCUAUAAUCCAGGAGUACUUCAGAAGCACAAGUUUGAAGACUCCAUGAGCGUGACCAAGGGAGGAUGGGGGUACGCAAGAGAAAAGCCACUGAGGAGCUAUCACACAGUACCACAGCUUCUGACUACCUUGAUACAAGUCGUGAGCUGCGGUGGUAACCUUCUUCUCAACGUGGGUCCGACCAAAGAUGGUCGCAUCAUGCCCAUCUUUGAGGAGCGUCUUCGUCAGAUGGGGUCAUGGCUAAAGGUCAACGGUGAGGGCAUUUACUCCUCCAGGCCGUGGAGGAAACAGAAUGAUACUGUCAAUUCUAAUGUUUGGUACACCAAGAGCCCCAAGACCGAAGCAGUUUACGCUUUCCUUUUAGAGUGGCCUGCGAACAACAUAGUCUACCUUCGUGACCCGAGAGUGACCUCUACCACCACCGUUGCCAUGUUGGGUCAUGCUUUACCCCUGAAAUGGACAGGAGCUGGUGGGAGGGGUAUGAAUGUUACCCUCCCCCUCCUGAACCCUGCCACGAUGCCAUGCAAAUGGGUAUGGACCUUGAAGUUGGAGGGAGUAAAGUGAUCUACUUAGUAAACAUCUUCUUCAGUCUCCAGGCUCGGACAGGAAUGUAUUCUUUUGAUAGUGGUGUUUAUUUUACCUGACAGCUAAGAAAGCAAUAAAUGCUUGUUAGUAAGCAACCAGAAGACCGACGGCUUAAGGUCCUCUCUGAGGGACCUGGUAAUGAG